AUGCCGGUGACCCCACCGCGAGGCCUCGUGCUCUACGAGGAGAUGUCGCAGGAUACGGAAGUCCUCUACAUCCAGUGGCAAUCCUUCAUCAUGUCCUUCGCAGCCAUCGGCAUUGGGCUCUCUAGCGUGUCCGUGCACAGGUUCUGGGAGCAGAAGCAGGAGCAGCGGAAGUUUCAGCAUCGGAGCCAGAUCGAGGAAUCUUACGGCAGCCUCUGGCACGUCGCCGGCUCGAUCUGCCUAUCCCUGUACAUGGCUUCGGACAGCUUCUUGCGGAUGAAUGCCAUCGCAACGCUGCUCUACAGUCCCUAUGCGGUGUGGUUUGUGGUCUAUGCCGGUACCGCCUAUGCAGGGUUGCCUUGCCUCGCGGUUGGCGCAAGCUUGAUCGUCUCGAUGUUCUGCGAGAAAGACAUGGACAAAGUAAACGUGUCAUGCUGCGCCAACGUCGGAAUUGUGCUGGUCAUGUAUACUGGCGCGCUCCUGACCGCAGCCUGCGCCUUCUUGAUACCCCUGGAUCUAGCACUUUGCUGGAAGUUUCCGCCCUUCUCCUGGCUGCGCCUGGCAGAGCAUCUGGCAAUGAGCAUCAUCAGCUUCUUCAUCGGGGCGCCCCUAACCUGGGUGCCGUUGCUCAUGUGGAUUCUGUCAGCCUCCACCAUCGUGCCGUCUGGCGUGGUCCUCGAGCUGUACGAGCUUCCCUGUGCCGCCGCAGCCAAGCGGUGCUUGGGGCGACUGGGGCGCUCUGCGCGGAACGCGGCGGGCCUCUGCCAGGUUUGCCCCAAGGGUGCCGCGCGGGUUCAGCCG